GCGUGCCUGUUGGCGGGUGUUUGCGUUGAAGCUUGACCUUAAAGGGGAGGGAGCAGAGAGGGGGGCCAGGGCCCUUUAAAACGAGGCGCUCUGGUGCCUGCCCCUUUAAGGGCGGGGCGUCCCGACAACUGAAUCUGAGCCCCAGAUUACCCCGAGUUUCCGUCACAGGCUGAGAGGAAAGGCUCCUUCGCCUGGGUCCGGGUGCUUGGCGGCGGCGGCUUCAUCCCCGCUGGUCCUCCCCGGGCCCGGAGACACCCCCGCCCCAGUCAUGCUGAACAGAGUAUGGAAGCAGCUGACUACGAAGUACUAUCUGUGCGAGAGCAGCUAUUCCACGAGAGGGUCCGCGAGUGCAUUAUCUCAACACUUCUGUUUGCAACACUCUACAUCCUCUGCCACAUCACGCUGACCCGCUUCAAGAAGCCUGCUGAGUUCACCACAGGGCCAGGGAAGGAGCAAGAGAGCACACUGCAACACAAAUGCCUUCCGGAGACGCCCACUGAUGGCCUGCCUCUCCCCAUGCCUCUGUCUCUUGUAGUGGAUGACGAAGAUGCCACGGUCAACAAGAUUGCACUCGAGCUGUGCACCUUCACCCUGGCGGUCGCUCUGGGUGCUGUCCUGCUCCUGCCCUUCUCCAUCAUCAGCAAUGAGGUGCUGCUAUCACUGCCUCGGAACUACUACAUCCAGUGGCUCAAUGGCUCCCUCAUCCAUGGCCUCUGGAACCUCGUUUUUCUCUUCUCCAACUUGUCCCUCAUCUUCCUCAUGCCCUUUGCGUACUUCUUCACUGAGUCUGAGGGCUUUGCUGGCUCCAGAAAGGGUGUCCUGGCCCGGGUCUACGAGACAGUGGUGAUGUUGAUACUCCUCACUCUGCUGGUGCUGGGCAUGGUGUGGGUGGCAUCUGCCAUCGUGGACAACAACAAGGCCAGCAGAGAGUCACUCUAUGAUUUCUGGGAAUACUACCUCCCCUACCUCUACUCCUGCAUCUCCUUCCUCGGGGUCCUGCUGCUCCUGGUGUGUACUCCACUAGGUCUUGCCCGCAUGUUCUCGGUCACUGGGAAGCUGCUGGUCAAGCCCCGGCUGCUGGAAGACCUGGAAGAGCAGCUGCACUGCUCAGCCUUUGAGGAGGCAGCUUUGACCCGCAGGAUUUGCAAUCCCACCUCCUGCUGGCUGCCCUUGGACAUGGAGCUGCUGCACAGACAGGUCCUGGCUCUGCAGACACAGAGGGUUCUUCUAGAGAAGCGGCGGAAGGCUUCAGCUUGGCAACGGAAUCUGGGCUACCCCCUGGCCAUGCUGUGCUUGCUGGUACUGACGGGACUGUCUGUGCUCACUGUGGCUAUCCACAUCCUGGAGCUGCUCAUCGAUGAGGCUGCCAUGCCCCGGGGCAUGCAGGGUGCCUCCCUGGGCCAGGUCUCCUUCUCCAAGCUGGGCUCCUUUGGUGCCAUCAUUCAGGUUGUACUCAUCUUUUACCUGAUGGUAUCCUCAGUCAUGGGAUUCUACAGCUCUCCACUCUUCCGGGGACUGCGGCCCAGAUGGCAUGACACAGCCAUGACACAGAUAAUUGGGAACUGUGUCUGUCUCCUGGUUCUAAGCUCAGCACUUCCUGUCUUCUCUCGAACCCUGGGGCUCACUCGCUUUGACCUACUGGGUGACUUUGGACGCUUCAACUGGCUGGGCAACUUCUACAUCGUGUUCCUCUACAAUGCAGCCUUUGCGGGCCUCACCACUCUCUGUCUGGUGAAGACCUUCACCGCAGCUGUGCGUGCAGAACUGAUCCGGGCCUUUGGGCUGGACAGACUGCCAUUGCCUGUCUCCGGUUUUCCCCGAGCAUCUAGGAAGAACCAGCACCAGUAACCUCCAGCUGGGGAUGAGAGGGAGAAAACUGGACACUGCCAUCUGCUACCCAGGCCUGGAGGGGCACCCAGGGGUGGGUGGACCUCAAGACCUGUAAUCUGAGAGGGUGGGUGGCAGAGGGGAGCUGAGCCAUCUGCACUGUUGCAUAAUCUGAGCCAGAGUUUGGGACCAGGCCCCACCGGCUUUUCCAGAUUUAACUGUGGGCCUCAGCAUGGAGUGGGGCUGGGUGACUGGGUCUGGCUCCUGGUCCCAAAUCCGUUUACACAUCUAUCUGCCUCACUGCUAUUCCGGGCCAUGCCCGUAGCCAUGUUUACAUGAUUUGAUGUGCAAUAGGGUAGGGUGGGGACAGGGGAGGGACUGAGCCUGGGCAGACUUGGGAGGCAGAUUGUCUCCCUUGCCUCUGGCCCAGCAGAGCCUAAGCACUGUGCUAUCCUGGAGGGGCUAUGGACCACCAGAGAGAUGACGGCAUAGGGAGGAAGAGGCCACAACCAUCAGCAAUAAAGUUGAUCCCAGGGUUUGCUUUGGUUUUCUAAA